GCAAUCAAAUACAACAACUACACGUACGAGCUGUCGGUACUGGAGACGAAACCCGGCCCCGCGGUCACCAUCAUCGAGUGCGACAUGAAUGUGGAAUUCGCCCCACCCGUGGGAUACACCGAGCCGCAAAAGAAGGCCAAAGAGGAGGAACCGAUGACGGUGGAUCCGGCGGAGUUGAUGCCCGAACCGGCUGGUUUUGUGGCGUUCAAGGGCUCCGGGUCACGACUUGACGGCAAGAAGAAAAAGGAAGGUUCCGUGUCGGAGUCGGCACCGGUCCAGAGGGCAAACUAUGUUCGCGGUAUCCCGGAUUAUGACCACCCGUUUGGAUUGUUACGAUUCGAUAGGACCGUCCGGAAGGAGGAAUCGAACGACAACAAACCAGAAGAGGACCCAUUCGAGGCGUUCAAGGGCACCGGUUUCAGUUUGAAAAAGAGUCGGAAAUGAGUUCCGGUGGGCGGUGGUGCGAGCUGGAGAGUGUUUUCUUACUUUUGAUGUAAUGAACUUAAUCUACUACACGAAAUAAAAUCGCAGAUUUGGCAAGUGUGAUAUCGAAA